CAACAGAGGAGUGAAGAAAAAAACCCCAAUUGAGUUGACAUCGGUCUACCCAUUCAGUCUACCCAUGAAUGACUCGGGAUCUGAACCCUGUUUUGAGUUGACUUAAUCUAGAGGGCUUUUAACUUAAUCCACGACAGUCGACAAGUGAUCAUGACACCGUGGUGGUGACCUCCAAGUCAUCCCGUGUCUUCCUCGAGAUGUAUCCCAAUCAGGCUCAUCCCGCUUGGGCCGGCUCAGCUUGGGCUGCCGGCCCUCAGGCCACGCCCGCCCGGUGGCCUCAGCCCCCGAUCAAUAAUGCCCCGCCUCCCAUGAUGAUGAUGUUCCCCGGCGCUCAAUCCGGUCAGGCGGCCUGGGGGCGGCCACCCAGCUUGUCCUACGCAGAAUUUCCGCCUCCUCCCGGACCCGGUUUCCUGGGUAACCCUUGGCACGGGGGUCAGCAUUGGUCCCCUCAUGCCCCCAUCGCCCACCGAGACUCAGCCGUUCCCCCACCCCUACCUCGACCCACCGGUCCCGCCCAGGCUCAGGCUGGGCGGGGGCCGGUCCCAGAACGUGACGCGUCGCAUGGACCCCCGUUGGGUCGCGUGUUUCAAGAUUGGGUGUGCCCUACUUGCCAGCAUGUCAAUUUUCAAAGACGGACGCAUUGCCUGACCUGCCGCCGAGCCCGCCAUGACACGCCUCCGACUGAGCGUCAGAACCAUCAGCCUGAUUCUACCUCUUCGUUGGACCCGCCUCCACCUCUUCCCCCACCCAUGACUGGUCUUACCACCCAACCCACGCCGCCCCCGCCUCAGCCGCCUCCGGUCGUCGAUGCCGCCCUUCCCCGGCCCGUAUCUGAAGGUCUGCCCCCCGGUCCACCUCCGCCCACGUCUGCCAUCGCCUCGCAGGGCGAGUAUCAGAGUAUCUUGUCCCAGGAAAAGCAAUUAGACACGAUGUACGAGUCUUGGACCAAGAACUUUGAAAAGUGGAAGCGCGACCACUUAGAUGUCAUGGAUCAAGCGCCUAUUCAAAAACAACUGCUUGAGAUGAAUGCGUUAAAAGACAAGAUGGUACUGCGCCGGGAGAAUUUGAAACGUAAGCGGCUGGACAUGUUCAGCCCACCUACUGGCAGUGGGCCGCCCAAAUCCCACGCGUCCAUUGUUAAGCGAUCUCGAUGGGCUAAUGACCGGCCCACUGAUGGUGUCCCUCAGGCAGAGUCGAGAUCAAGCCAACCUCUUACGACUACUGAAGAGCUCAGCGAGCAGGAUCGAGAGAACAUCGCCAAAGCCAUUAAAGCCCUGAGUCGUGGCAAUCGUCCCGAGAGUCCCGGCCUUGACGCAUUCCAACCCAAAUCGCAACUUCAAAGCCACCAAUUCUCAUGGACCAAAUCUAAAGAUUCGUCAAGUGAUGUCAGGCACCAUGAUCCCUCCACUCGAUCUUGUGAUAAUCAUGGCAGUUGGUCGGAUGCUCAUAGGAAACCUCAAGGAUAUGAAGGUCACGAUUAUGAUUGGGAUGAGCGUGAUGCGGGACCGUCGACUUUCCAUUCAAAAUAUCAAGGGUUUGAAGAACCUGACCGCUAUUAUGGCUCAGGCCAAGGACCAUCUUACCGUGGAGAUGAGUGGAGUAAUCCAGCCCGCCAUCAUCCCCAAGAGCCCCGAGGUCCGAAUCGAAAUUGUCAACCAGAUCAUAAUCUCCGUCAAGUGCCCAAUCUGCCCCAGCCCGUGCCCAAGCAACAAAAUCGUGAUCCAUUUGUGCAGCGGAUGAUCAGUGAGACAAUAACGCCCGUGCCUGCCACCAGGAAUGACCUUUCACGGCAGCCGCCCGAACCCCAUUUUGAUUCCCGAAACAGACCGCGUCCAAGUGACAGAGAAGGCAGUUAUGAAAGGAGGAAUUGGGACAGUAGCCGAGGGAAUAAUUCGUACUGGAAUCCGGAUCGUCGUGUCAUCGAUUACAAUCAACGAUUAACUCCUAAUCCCAUCAAAGCUGUGGACUACGGUCACGGUGCGAAACCUGCCCUAAAUCCGGGGGGUCCCACCAAAGUAGCCUCUCCAUUUCAGCAUGAAGAGAGGGCCCCGCCCCCAUCCACAGUGAUAAAAGAUUCGCCAGCUAAGCAGAGAACGCCUGUCCCUCAGCCUCAAGGUUCCGUGGUGUCUUUGGAAGAUCUCAUUGAUCCUCCUGGGCGUUACAUUCGCCCUCCGCAAAUUGUCAUCAUCUUUAGAGGCAUUCCUGGUUCAGGCAAAACCCAAUUAGUAAAGGAUAUCAAGACCAAGGAAGCCAAUCUGGGAUCCGAUCCACCUCGAAUCCUUGCUAUUGAUGAAUAUUUUGAAUGUGAUGGAGUGUACGAGUAUGAACCCGAGUUGGAACCGAACUUCCGACAGAGCCUGGUCAAAUCAUUCAAGAAGCAAAUAGACGAUGGCUACUUUUCAUUCAUCAUGGUGGAUUGUAUCAAUGACAAAACUGAACAUUUCGAAGAGAUGUGGAGUUAUGCCAAACAAAAAGGGUUUGAGGUUUACAUUGGUCAAGUGGAGGCGGAUCCUGGCCUGUGCGCGUCGAGAAAUAUUCAUAAUCGUAGCCGGAGGGAGAUCGAUUCUUUGCUCAAAUCCUGGCAGCCCACACCGGCCCAUAUGAACAAAGUGACCCUCUUGGGAUAUUUUCAAGAUCAAGAGAUCGACAAUGUCGACAUGGAACUCGAGCAAGAACCGUCGGCAAGCUCGACUUCGCCCCAAAACAACGCGGGUCGGGGCGAGCAGGAAGAGGAAGAGCAAGACGAGGAGACUAAAUCUAUGGAGAGCCCAUUUCAACUGAGCAAAUGGGAAGUCUCUGAUAAACAGGAGAAAAUGGCCCAAUUAGAUGGAGUCUCUUCGCGAGAUCGGAAGCGAAUCGCGGAAGUGGAUUCGAUUGAAGAUUGGCUCGAGUUGGACAAUUUCAAACAAGGCUCUGUCGGACCCAGGGAUACGAACGGAAAGAAGCGGGUGCGGUGGGCUGAUAUUGAGGAGCAGCGGGAAUCAAUCCGAAUGAGAGAAGUUGGGUUCGUUGUGGGAAGCACAAAUUGGAAUCGUAUGAUGAAUCCUGGUCAAACAUCAUCUUCGGCCUUGACCAAAACCAAGAUUAUUCCCAACAGAUUUGAUAUUUGAGGAACAAAAUAACUGCGUAGAAUCUUCCUCUCAUUAGGAGCUCCGGGCUAUGAUUUAGCUUUUUCUUUUAUAUUUUGGUUUUACAAAGGGGAAUUGUUUCGAUAUUUUUGGAAAACAUUUUUUUUUUCGCUUGGCGGUAUGUUUGAAAUCUGGAGCACCCGAGAAAAACAAAAUCCGAGGAGCAUCAACUGGCCAAAUGAGGUAACGAUUGAAAAAUGAUUUUUCGUACAGUGAUUUACAUUACAAUGGCUGGGAAAAUGUGCUUCUAUUGUUCGUGGACCUCUGAUUCUUGUGGACGGAGUGGCAUUUAGAUGAAUUUGGAUAUUUUUUUUUUUCAGUUUUGAUUAGUUUUUGACAAUACAAACGCUUCGUUUUACUUUACAAUCGCCGUAAAACUUGACUCUUCAAAAGUAAUCACAGUGACUUCGUCCCAAGAAUCCAUGGGUCCAUGAGCUGACGUUGCGGUGACUAGCAUGUCACAUCAUAACUUUGUUUACUAUCAAACGGUUUUCUUUCAGCUCUCUUUUCCACGUUAGGUCGCCAAUGGCAAAGUGGAGUCGUGUGAUUAGUUAUUUUGUCGAUGUAUGGUCGUUUGAAAUAUAUUAUACACAAAGA